AAAAAGGGACUGGUUGCUAGUGGAAACCUCAGGGUGAAACUCACCCAGCUUUAGUAACCAACUCGAUUGCAUAGACUUUAGAUAACCAUGUGAAGGGGAUUCUACCAUCAGAAAAGAGGCCAAACUUCUAUCACCAUGGUGGAUGUGAAGUGUCUGAGUGACUGUAAAUUGCAGAACCAACUUGAGAAGCUUGGAUUUUCACCUGGCCCAAUACUACCUUCCACCAGAAAGUUGUAUGAAAAAAAGUUAGUACAACUGUUGGUCUCACCUCCUUGUGCAUCACCUGUGAUGAAUGGACCCAGAGAGCUGGACGGAGCUCAGGACAGUGAUGACAGUGAAGAGCUUAAUAUCAUUUUGCAAGGAAAUAUCAUACUCUCAACAGAAAAAAGCAAGAAACUCAAAAAAUGGCCUGAGGCUUCCACCACUAAACCCAAAGCUGUAGAUACCUAUUGCUUGGAUUAUAAGCCUUCCAAGGGAAGAAGGUGGGCUGCAAGAGCACCAAGCACCAGAAUCACACAUGGGACUAUCACCAAAGAGAGAGACUACUGCGAGGAAGACAAGACUAUCGAGAGCUGGAGAGAAGAAGGUUUCCCAGUGGGCUUGAAGCUUGCUGUGCUUGAUCCAUAUACAGGAGGAGUCUCUAAAACUCAGGCCAGAGGACCAAUGAGUUUCUAGAGCACAGCUGGGGACCUGGUACAUAAAAAACUGGCCUUACCUCAGUGCCUUCUCCAACAACAGAGUCAUUGACCCACCCCCAUCCCAGCUAUCCAAGGACCCGUGAUCUUGAGAUUUUCUUGACCUUGGGCCAAAUCAAAUUCCAAGGCAGGGCUCUAGUCUCAGCAAUAGGAAGAGAAUCAGUCUAGAGAUUGAUUUCUUCUUGUCAAGAGCAAACUCCUAGCCAGUGAGGUGUUUUAUUUCUUCAAUUUCAAUGACUCGUCUGCCUCCCCUACAAAUCCUGGAGCUCCUUGUGUGGAAGACUGUAUCUUAAUCAUCUCUGGAUCUCCUCUUGAAGUGAUGUCUGUGCUACCUCCAGAAAGAGCCCAUUUCCAUUUUGAGCAGUUUCCAACUCAAAUAGACAUUUGAAACCACAAAACCAAUACCCCAGAUUUUGCCUCCUGUUUAUCCCUGUGAUGAGAGGUCCCUAAAAUGAGCAAACUGCUGUUGAAAGGCAUUCCCAAUCAACCUCAUUAUGCAGUGUUUAGCCUUCUAACACGCUGUCAUUCCCAUGGCAUCCAAAGUGCUCAUUCCUAUAAAUGUCUCUAUUUACAGCAGGGUCAAUCCUGCCACCCAGCAAAGGUGUUCUCCAUCCCAUGGCCAAACAAUGAAGUGGAGCCCUGGCUGGAGAAACAGGAUUGAGCUACUUGCAUGUCACACAGACACACUGGAUUUCACAGGCUUGUGUUCUACAGAUGGGGCAAUGAGGCCAAUUCUGUCACAUGCAUGUUGUUUAAAUCUCUACCCAGUCAAUAUUCAGGGUGGCAGAUGGAAGAAAUUCUUAAAGGCUCUAUUUCUGUUCUUCGACAUUCAAAGAAAUACUGUGCUACCACCUCUUAAAAAUAAUUGGUUAAGUACCAAGUUAUUUUCAUUGCCACAGUCAUAAAUAAAGAAGUGCUAGACUACAAUGUUUAUAUCUAUAGUAGUUGCUAAUCUUACAUGCAAGAAAAAUGAUUGUUGAUGUUUAGGAGAUUGUUUUUCUUGCUUUUUUUCCUCCCUUCCUUUCCUCCCCUAACCCUACCUCCCAGCCAAGAAAAGUCUUGUUGAUUAGAGUAACAAGAAGGGGCUGAUUUGGAAGUAAAAUUAAACUUGACUCUUUCCUGAAGCAAGAACGUAAUCUCAAGACUAAAAUAAGAAAGUGCCUAACCAACUUGGCAUUUUAUUCUGAGGAAGAUUCCCGAUAGAAACUUGGAUGGAAGAAAAUGAAAGGGAAGCCAAUUAGCCUGUGUUAAGCAAUGCUAACUUUUAACAAGCUUGCUCAAGAAGAAAUGAACCUGUUAAGAGGGUCAUCCAGGGCUUCCUUGCCGCCUCGGUGCACAGCCCAAUCAUGCUUCCUUCUUGUUCAUUUUGACAAAGCAGGUGAGUGAGGAGCAGGAAAAAAAUAUGCGGAGGUGUUGCAGCAACUCGCUAAUCAGCACUGCUACAAGAUCGCCAGCAUUUACAGGACCGCAUUCACUGAGAAAUGAUGGCUUCUAUGAAUGUUCUCGUGUGUGGGCGUCACCUAAACACAACCCUGCCUAAUGAAUCAAUCUCUGGAGAGCCAGAGGGGGCUAUUCUAGGUACUGCAGAUGUGGAUGAGGACAGCUCUCCUCAUUUCCUGGCAACAGGAGACUGGUGUGACAACUCUAAUUCCUGGAGAGCCAUUGGUAAAAUCCUCCUUGGGUUCAAGAGUUAGCUAAAAAUAUGU